AUGCUUCAUCCACUCGCUAUCCUCUCCGAGGAGGAGACCAAUCUGGCCCGUGACAUUGUCAGAGCCGCUCACCCUAACACCAUCAUUGACUUCCGCGAGAUCUACCUACAAGAACCCCCCAAGGCGCAAUUGCUCGAAUACCUGGCCAUUGAGCAUGCCGGUCGCUUGAGCCCGACAACCCCUCGUCCACCACGUCUGGCAUUGUGUCAAUACGAUGUGAUUGGCCCUGACAGGGUGCCCUCGUACGAAGAAUCGGUCAUCGACGUGGCCACUCGAACUCGAGUCAAGCACCACGUUGUAGGCAAGCAGCACCAUGCUUCGCUCACAUUGACUGAAUUUGAUACAUUGGUGGAGCAGUGCAAUAAGUCGCCUUUGUUCCAGCAGGCUCUCGCGGACUUUGAUCUCCCAGAGGGUUUCGAGGUCGUGAUCGAGCCAUGGCCAUAUGGCGGUCUGGAUAGCACCGAGGACAACCGCCGUUACUUCCAGGCACUCUGCUUCGCCCAGGACAAGCGGUCCGGUAACGAGGACUCUAACUUCUAUUCAUUCCCUCUUCCCGUCAUCCCAGUCAUGGAUGCGCACACACAAGAGAUCAUUCGGGUGGACCGACCUGCCACCGGUGGCAAGGGAGAGGGCCUGCUUGAGCAAACCUUCAAGCGCGAUAUUAUCGGACACUGCAAGCCUUCCGAGUAUGUUCCUGAGCUGCUUCCCGAGGGAACACGAAAGGACCUCAAACCAUUGAAUGUGGUUCAGCCUGAGGGGCCCUCAUUCCGAGUUACAAAUAAUUCUCUGGUGGAGUGGCAGAAGUGGCGCUUCCGUGUCGCCUUCAACCCGCGUGAAGGUGCCACUAUUCACGAUAUCUGGUAUGACGGUCGUAGCGUGAUGCACCGUUUAGCGAUCAGUGAGAUGACUGUUCCUUAUGCCGAUCCCCGUCCCCCUUUCCACCGUAAGCAAGCAUUUGACUUUGGUGACGGUGGCGGUGGAAACAUGGCGAACAAUCUGUCCCUGGGCUGUGACUGUCUCGGAGUCAUCAAGUACCUCGAUGCCGUAAUGACAAAGCCCGAUGGUACCGCUCAAAAAUUGCCCAAUGCCAUCUGCCUUCACGAACAGGAUAACGGCAUUGGCUGGAAGCACUCCAACUGGCGGACCGGUCGGGCUGUGGUAACUCGCCUCCGCGAGUUCGUCGUUCAGUUUAUCAUCACCUUGGCCAACUACGAAUACAUCUUCGCCUUCAAGUUCGAUCAAUCAGGCGGUAUCACAGUGGAGUCCCGUGCCACCGGUAUUUUGAAUGUCGUCAACAUUGAUGCUGGCAAGGUCAGCGAGUACGGAAAUGUCGUGAGUGGGGGUGUUCUCGCUCAAAAUCACCAGCACAUUUUCUGUGUUCGUAUGGACCCAGCUAUUGAUGGACAGAAGAACUCUGUCGUGGUGGAGGAGUCACACGCCGUUCCCCAGAACGCGGUCACAAAUCCCAACGGAAACUUCUACCAGGUUACCAAGGAGACCGUCAAGCGUUCCUCCUGGAUCGACGCUGCACCACAGCUGAACCGGACCAUCAAAAUGGUUAAUCCCCACAAGACUAACCCCAUCAGCGGAAACCCAGUUGGAUACAAAUUCAUCCCCUUGGCUACACAGACGUUAUUGGCGGAUCCAGAAUCGGUGCAGGCCCGCCGAGCUCAGUUCGCCCAGCAUCACGUUUGGGUCACCAAGUACCAGGAUAACGAGCUUUACGCAGGUGGUCGGUACACACUGCAGAGCCAAGUCGAAGUUGACGGUGUGUCAGAUGCUGCUCGCCGGGGUGAUGCAGUCGAAGACACCGACGUCGUGGUUUGGAACACAUUUGGUAUCACUCACAACCCACGUGUUGAGGACUGGCCUGUCAUGCCCGUUGAAAUUUUCCAGCUCAUGAUCCGCCCUGCAGACUUCUUCACCGCCAACCCUUCUAUUGACGUACCAUCCAACAAGAACGGAUCAUCCCGAUUGGCAGACUCCGAGUGCUGCAGAAAAGCACACAUUUAA